AUGAACUGGAAACUAUAUUUGCUAUCAGUCGCUCCAUUUGUGCAUUUCAGCCAGGGUCUUUUGCCAGAAUUAGAGAUCGAGCCAGAAUUGUCUAAUAAUGAACAGAACGUUUCGCCGUUGUCCUUACCAAAUUUGUUGAAUAUCCAAAAGCUAACAGAACUUCAUGAAAAUUGGAAUAUUUUGGGAGAAGUUCGACUUGACACCGGUCGUCUAUUAAUUGAAAAUACUGGUGGUAUCUGGUCCAUUCCUUAUCUUGAAGGUACUAAGGAUUGGACCGUUGAAUUAGUAUUCAGAUCUACUGGAAGUGGCACGAGUGAUUUACAAUUCAGUGCAACGAAUGGAUUAUCAUUUUGGUUAAUUAACCCAGAUAAUUCCUUGCCAAUCAGCUCUCAAAAUGUUGAUAAUUUUGGGGGACCAUCUGAGUACGAUGGAUUCCAAUUCCUAGUAAAUAACCAGGAUAUAAAUGGACUAAAGAUAUUCAAUAAUGAUGGCAGUAAAAGAGUAGACAAUAAGUUGGAGAAAUCGGUUGGAAGCUGUGCCUUUAAUUUCUUGGAUUCGCUGAUUCCAUUCACUAUGAGAGUAUCUUAUUCAGAGCCAAAGAAAUGGUUCAAAGUUCAAAUAGAUAACGAAUUGUGUUUUAAGACAGAUCAAAUUGUUUUUCCUAAUGAUAUUAGCAACUUUGUACUCGGAAUCACUGGCUCUGUGGAUAAAUCUUCUAAAGAAAUAUUCGAGAUUUUGAGAUUGGAAGUUUGGAAUCAUUUGACCAAUGAUGCAAUCGAUGAUCACGGCUUGAUGUCUGAGGGACAAGUGCAUGUUACUGUUGCUUCAACCCCUGAAGAGGUAGUCCCGUCAAGAAUAGUAAGGGAAUCCCUAUUAGAAAGAAAUAGAAAGCACCGUGAAGAGAUACAGAGACAGAUUCAGGAGGAUAACAACUCGUUAAAAGAUGUGCAUCAAAAGUUAGAUCAUCUUGAAAUUAUUCUCGAGACUUUAGAGAAGAGUGUGUCAUAUGAUACGAAGAGCAUAGAUUCGCAGAUUCAAGAAUUGAAGCUUGUGCAGAAUGAACAGAGGAAGAUAGUGUCAGAACUUGGCAAGAAUCUUGAAAAUUUUGAGCAGACAAUAACCCAACAAUAUAGUCAGAUGUUGGGUGCCUUUUCCAAACUAAAUGAAAAGGUAAUUGGUGAAGUAAGGGAGCAGCAUUACGGCAUGGAGGAAUUAAGCAGAAAAGUGGAUUUAUUGAUGUCAAACCACAGAGAGAUUUCAGAUCAGUACAAGCAUCAAAACGCCCAUACAAUUGAAAGCAGAGAAGAUAUGUCCAACCUAAUUAAUUCGGUUGUCAAGUUCUUCUUAAUACCAGUGGUAAUAGCUCUCAUUGCACUUACUAUUUUUGUCUACAAAGUCAAACAUGAAAUUAAACACUCAAAGUUGCUUUGA